AUGCAGGCCGGCGAUUUCAUACCGUGCCAUUCAGGUAUGUGCGCCACGCUCGGAGACUGGUGGAGGCCCAAUGGGGAAAGAGCGCUGAAUGGAGUUCGAAUGGCUGGAGUUGGACCAAUGAUUGCCGGUGCACCAACAAGUCAUAUUGAUCAAUUAUCGAUUGGCCAGCCAAUCGAUAUCACACAUUAUGCCCAAUGGGGGCAAUCAAUGGAUCCUUCUUUGGUUGAUCCUUCAUCUUUCGGACCAUCGGCGCCUCCCAUGGGAUAUACGGAGAUUGGAACCGAUCUCGCCUACAACAUGGUGCCACCAGCUGGAGCUUUCCACGAAUUCUCCCCUCAUCUGCAUGCCUCUGAUAUGUCAUCGCCAAGUUGCAGUGAAUGA